AGAGUGCUGGCAGUGUAAGGAGCUAUAGCCUACAAUAUAACUGGUAUCAAAGAUAUUAAAAGGGUUAGGAUUUGUAUUCACACCAUCCUGCGCAGUUGGAUCAGAGCUGGCUCUCAUCCACACAACUUUCUGCCGAGUCAUCAUCCGGACGGCGCUCCUCCUCCUCCUCCUCCUCCUCCUCAUCAGGACCGCUCAUCUUCAUCUUCAUCCUCAUCCUCAGCGCGGAGGACAGGACAGGACCGGAGAUGUCAGGAACGGUUGGAGAUGAACAGAGAGCACCGGGUGACCGUCAGAAGUCUGAAACGAUCCACGUCACCGUCAAAAGUCCCACGGAGAGCAACGACUUCACCGUCAGAAGAGGCUGCACCGUCACACAGCUGAAAUGUGGUCUAGCAAAGCGUCUGGGAGUCCCUGCAGAGCAGCUGGACCUGGUCCACUCUGGACGGGUCCUCAGAGAGACAGAAGUCCUGAGUCACCUUAAAGCAGCACGGGAUGAGUCAGUCAGCCUCCGUGUGAUCCAAAGGCCUCAGCAUCCGUCUGCUGCUCCCACCUGUGAUCCAGCUUCAGAAACGGUCCAGUCGGAGCCUACAGCCGUUCUCGAUCCUGUCCCUGAUAGCUUCACGCCGUCUCCCACCUCUCCCUUUUGUCUGGUAGAAGGUCUGGACAGUCUUGGCCUGGCAAACAGCGGGGCUUGCUUCUUCCCUGCACUCCAGCGCCAGAUGGAGAGCCAGCUGCUGGCUGACCCGGAGAUGAUGCGCCGUGUCCUGGGCAGCCCCUUCGUGCAGAGCACCCUCUCCGCCUCCGGCCCUCAACUAACCAGACAGCUCAUUCUGUCCAAUCCCCAAAUUCAGCAGCUCCUGCAGACGAACCCAGAGGUGGGAGAUAUGCUUAACAACGCAGAUAUUAUCACGCAGGUGAUGGAGCUCGCCAGGAACCCUGACAUGAUAGAGGAAGUGAUGCAUAAUGAAGACAGAGCAUUAAACAAUUUGCUGCCAGAGCAGGAAACCUCUGAAAGCAUCGAUGGUGAUUCUCCAGUAGUGACUACAUCAUCAGGGACUCAACAGCAAACUGAAAGAGAAAGCAACGAGACUCCACCCGUCUCCAGUCACUCCACAGAUCCUCUCAGAGAGCUGACCGCCUCGCCCGGAGCUGAUCCAAACCCUCAGAGCGCUGUUACUGCAGGUUUGCAAUCACUGCUGGAGGAGAUCAUGUCCAGUCCAGGCCUGAUGGAGAGCCUGCUGUCUGGGCCCUAUGUCAACAGUCUCCUCAACUGCCUCGGCCAGAACCCUGACCUGGCUGCACAGAUGCUGCUGAGCCACCCUUUGUUUUCGGGAAAUCCUCAGCUGCAGCAGGAGAUGAGACAGCAGAUCCCUCUCUUCCUGCAACAGAUACAGAGUCCAGAGCUGCUGUCAGCCAUGUUGAACCCCAGAGCUAUGGAGGCUCUGCUACACAUCCAGCAGGGCCUACAGACUCUGGCUGAGGAGGCUCCUGCACUGAUACCUACAGCUGGUGUUCAUGCUGCCCCUGAGCUGGCAUCUGACUCUGUCCUUAACAACCAAUCAGGAAGUGGUCCUCACGUUGCCAUGGUGACAGAGCAGCAGCAGCAGCAGUUUGUGCAACAGAUGCUACAGGCGCUGGCUAACACCAAUCAUGGGAUCCAUGUGGAGGAGGCUGAGUUCCAGGACGAGCUUGAGCAUCUGAGCUCAAUGGGUUUCAGAGACAGAGAGGCGAACCUUCAGGUCCUCAUCAGCACUGGAGGAGAUCUCACCACUGCCAUACAACAUCUGCUCAGUCACUGA